GGUUAAAAGCCAGCAGCUGGGGGCCCUUGGAUGGCCUGUCCCUCUCGGAGCCCGAACUGCUGCAGCAUGGCUACCGCAUGCCCGGAUGGAGAGGCUGAGGGUGAGAUCCUAAAGUUGGAGGAGGAGAAAGAGGAAGAGGAAGAGGAGGCAGCAGCAGCAGCAGCAGCAGCAGCAGCGGAAGCGUCAAUGAAAGGGGAGGCUCUGCACUCUCUCCCGGGCCUGCGGUCCCGUAGGAGGAAGGCCCGGGAUGGGGGUCCGGAGGAGGCCAAGCAGGAGUUGCACCCUCUGCAGAGCAGGUGGGCUCUGUGGUUCUUCAAGAACGACCGCGGCCGGGCCUGGCAGGAUAACCUGCAUCUGGUCACCAAGUUUGACACAGUGGAGGACUUCUGGGCGAUGUACAGUCACAUCCAGCUGGCCAGUAAGCUCUCUCCGGGCUGCGACUACGCCCUGUUCAAGGAUGGCAUCGAGCCCAUGUGGGAAGACGCCAGGAAUAAGCGAGGUGGCCGCUGGCUGGUCAGCCUUGCCAAACAGCAGCGCCACAUUGAGCUGGACCGCUUGUGGCUGGAGACACUGCUGUGUCUCAUUGGGGAGAGCUUCGAGGAGUACAGCCGGGAGGUGUGUGGGGCCGUCAUCAACAUCCGAGCCAAGGGGGACAAGAUUGCUGUGUGGACGCGAGAGGCAGAGCACCAGACGGGCGUGCUCCACAUCGGGCGUGUCUACAAAGAGCGUUUGGGACUCUCGGCAAAGACCAUCAUCGGGUACCAGGCCCACGCAGACACAGCUACCAAGAGCAACACCCUGGCCAAGAACAAGUUUGUGGUGUGA